CCUGCCCCCUCCCCGGCCCGCUCGCCCUGCGGGGCGGUGGGGCAUGGCCUGAGGGUCCCCUGUCUCCGGGGGGGUGGGGGGUGGGGGGAGGGGGGAGGGGCCGCGGGCGCCGCCGACCGGGACUCCGCAGCCCCGCCAGGCAGCCGCCUGUGAUGCUGCCGUCCUCCACUGCCCCGUGGCCCCACGAUGACCCACAGCCCUGCGACAAGCGAGGACGAGGAACGUCACAGUGUCAGCGAGUGUCCCGAGGGGGGCUCAGAGUCCGACAGCUCCCCAGACGGACCAGGGCAAGGCCUCCGGGGGACCCGGGGCCGGGGCAGUGGGGCACCUGGUAACCUGGCCUCAGUCCGAGGCCUCCAGGGCCGCUCCAUGUCUGUCCCUGACGACGCCCACUUCAGCAUGAUGGUCUUCAGGAUUGGCAUCCCGGACCUGCACCAGACAAAAUGCCUGCGCUUCAAUCCGGAUGCCACCAUCUGGACAGCCAAGCAGCAAGUGCUCUGUGCCCUGAGCGAGAGCCUGCAGGAUGUGCUCAACUAUGGGCUCUUCCAGCCGGCCACCUCAGGUCGAGAUGCCAAUUUCCUGGAGGAAGAGCGGCUGCUGCGAGAGUACCCCCAGUCCUUCGAGAAGGGGGUCCCCUACCUGGAGUUCCGAUACAAGACCCGAGUUUACAAACAGACCAACCUGGAUGAGAAGCAGCUGGCCAAGUUGCACACGAAGACGGGCUUGAAGAAAUUUCUGGAGUAUGUGCAGCUUGGAACGUCUGACAAGGUGGCACGGCUGCUGGACAAGGGGCUGGACCCCAACUACCAUGACUCGGAUUCAGGAGAGACCCCUUUGACCCUGGCGGCCCAGACCGAAGGCUCCGUAGAGGUGAUUCGAACCCUGUGCCUGGGCGGGGCCCACAUUGACUUCCGGGCCCGAGACGGCAUGACAGCACUACACAAGGCCGCCUGCGCCCGACACUGCCUGGCGCUCACGGCACUCCUGGACCUCGGGGGCUCCCCCAACUACAAGGACCGCCGUGGGCUGACCCCUCUGUUCCACACGGCUAUGGUGGGGGGCGAUCCCCGAUGCUGCGAGCUGCUUCUGUACAACAGGGCCCAGCUGGGCAUCUCGGACGAGAAUGGCUGGCAGGAAAUCCACCAGGCCUGUCAGCGGGGCCACUCCCAGCACCUGGAACACCUGCUUUUCUACGGAGCUGAGCCUGGAGCCCAGAAUGCCUCCGGGAACACAGCCCUGCACAUCUGUGCUCUCUACAACAAGGAGACCUGCGCUAGGAUCCUCCUCUACCGAGGGGCCAACAAAGACGUGAAGAAUAACAGUGGACAGACACCCUUCCAGGUGGCAGUGAUUGCUGGGAACUUCGAGCUGGGGGAGCUUAUCCGAAACCAUCGGGAACAGGACGUGGUGCCCUUCCAGGAAUCCCCAAAGUAUGCAGCCCGGCGACGGGGACCCCCAGGAGCCGGGCUGACGGUGCCCCCUGCACUGCUCAGGGCCAACAGUGACACCAGCAUGGCGCUGCCUGACUGGAUGGUAUUUUCCGCCCCGGGGACAUCGUCCUCGGCGGCCCCUGGCCCUACCUCGGGGCCCCAGGGCCAGUCACAGCCCUCAGCCCCCACAACCAAGCUCAGCAGCGGGACCCUCCGAAGUGCCAGCAGCCCCCGGGGUGCCCGGGCCCGCUCCCCAUCCCGAGGGAGACACCCAGAGGAAGCCAAGAGGCAGCCCCGAGGACGGCCCAGCUCCAGCGGGACGCCCCGGGACGGACCCACCGGGGGCACAGGGGGCUCUGGGGGCCCUGGGGGGUCCCUGGGCAGCCGAGGACGGCGACGGAAGCUCUACUCAGCAGUUCCCGGACGCUCCUUCAUGGCUGUGAAGUCCUACCAGGCCCAGGGCGAGGGGGAGAUCUCCCUGAGCAAGGGCGAGAAGAUCAAAGUGCUCAGCAUUGGGGAAGGAGGAUUCUGGGAAGGCCAGGUCAAAGGUCGAGUUGGCUGGUUCCCCUCUGACUGCCUGGAAGAGGUGGCAAACCGAUCCCAGGAAGGAAAGCAAGAAAGCCGCAGCGACAAGGCGAAGAGACUCUUCCGACAUUAUACUGUGGGCUCCUACGACAGCUUUGAUGCCCCAAGCUUGAUGGAUGGGAUUGGCCCAGGGAGUGUGUGUUCACCUGGCACGUCUCCGGCUCUGGGCACUGCCGAUUACAUCAUUAAGGAGAAAACAGUCUUGCUGCAGAAGAAAGACAGCGAAGGGUUUGGGUUCGUGCUCCGGGGGGCCAAGGCGCAGACCCCCAUCGAGGAGUUCACCCCCACUCCGGCCUUCCCGGCACUGCAGUACCUGGAGUCUGUGGACGAGGGGGGCGUGGCAUGGCGGGCUGGACUGCGAAUGGGAGACUUCCUUAUCGAGGUGAAUGGGCAGAAUGUGGUGAAGGUCGGCCACCGCCAGGUGGUGAACAUGAUCCGUCAGGGCGGCAACACGCUCAUGGUGAAGGUGGUGAUGGUCACCAGGCACCCGGACAUGGAUGAGGCUGUCCAUAAGAAAGCCCCUCAGCAGGCUAAGCGACUCCCGCCCCCGGCCAUCUCCCUGCGUUCCAAGUCCAUGACCUCAGAGCUGGAGGAAAUGGUCUCCCCCUGGAAGAAGAAAAGUGAGUAUGAGCAGCAGCCUGCACCGGUGCCCAGCAUGGAGAAAAAGCGGACUGUGUAUCAGAUGGCGCUCAACAAACUGGACGAGAUCCUGGCUGCAGCCCAGCAAACCAUCAGCGCCAGCGAGAGCCCUGCACCGGGUGGCCUUGCAUCCCUGGGCAAGCAUCGGCCCAAAGGCUUCUUCGCCACCGAGUCAAGCUUCGAUCCCCAUCACCGGUCCCAGCCAAGUUACGAACGUCCUUCUUUCCUGCCUCCGGGACCUGGGCUCAUGCUCCGACAGAAAUCUAUCGGGGCCGCAGAGGACGACAGACCGUACCUAGCGCCCCCAGCCAUGAAGUUCAGCCGCAGCCUGUCCGUGCCGGGUUCGGAGGACAUCCCCCCGCCGCCCACCACGUCCCCGCCAGAGCCCCCGUACAGCACCCCGCCGGCCCCCUCCUCCUCGGGCCGCCUCACCCCCUCCCCGCGGGGAGGCCCCUUCAACCCCGGCUCCGGGGGACCCCUCCCGGCCUCCUCACCGGCGUCCUUCGACGGCCCCUCUCCUCCAGACACACGCGUGGGAACCCGAGACAAGGGCCUGUACCAUGGCGGGCCCCUGCCCCCCGCGCACCACCAUCCGCCCCACCACCAUCACCACCACGUGCCGCCGCCCCAGCCGCACCACCACCACGCGCAUCCGCCGCACCCCCCGGAGAUGGAGACAGGCGGCGCCCCCGACGACCCCCCGCCGCGCCUGGCCCUGGGGCCCCAGCCCAGCCUGCGAGGUUGGAGGGGCGGCGGGCCCAGUCCCGGCCCCGGAGCGCCGUCGCCCUCGCAUCACGCGGGGGGCGGUGCCGCGGGCGCCCCGCAGGCCCCGGCCCUGCGCUACUUCCAGCUGCCGCCGCGCGCCGCCAGCGCUGCCAUGUACGUGCCCGCGCGCUCCGGCCGCGGCCGCAAGGGGCCGCUGGUCAAGCAGACCAAGGUGGAGGGCGAGCCGCACAAGGGCGCCCUGCCCGCCCCCGCGCCCGCGUCCCCCGCGUCGCCGCAGCCGCCGCCAGCCGCGCCCGCGCCCGCCGAGAAGAACUCCAUCCCCAUCCCCACCAUCAUCAUCAAGGCUCCGUCCACCAGCAGCAGCGGCCGCAGCAGCCAGGGCAGCAGCACCGAGGCCGAGCCCCCGACGCAGCCCGAGCCCCCAGCGGGUGGCGGCGGAGGGGGCACGGGGGGCGGGGGCCCCUCGCCCAGCCCGGCGCCUCCCCUGUCGCCCGUGCCGCCGUCGCCGUCGCCCGUGCCCACGCCCGCGUCCCCCAGCGGCCCAGCUACCCUGGACUUCACCAGCCAGUUCGGGGCGGCCCUGGUGGGCGCGGCGCGCAGGGAGGGCGGCUGGCAGAACGAGGCGCGCCGGCGCUCCACGCUUUUCCUCUCCACGGACGCAGGCGACGAAGACGGCGGUGAGGGCGCGCUGGGCGCGGGGGCGACCCCGGGCCCGCGGCUGCGCCACUCCAAGUCCAUCGACGAGGGCAUGUUCUCCGCGGAGCCCUACCUCCGUCUGGAGUCCACGGGGGCCACGGGAAGCUCGGGCUACGCGGGCUACUCGGCGGGCGCUCGCGCCUACGCGGGCAGCGGGGCCAGCAGCGCCUUCUCCAGCUUCCUGCCGCCGCCGCGGCCCCUGGUGCACCCGCUCACCGGCAAGGCCCUAGACCCUGCCUCCCCUCUCGGGCUGGCGCUGGCCGCCCGGGAGCGCGCGCUCAAGGAGUCAUCAGAGGGCGGCGGGGUCCCCCAGCCCCCGCCCCGGCCGCCCUCGCCCCGCUACGACGCCCCGCCGCCCACCCCGCACCACCACUCGCCUCACGCGCACCACGAGCCUGUGCUGCGCCUCUGGGGGGCGGCGCCGCCUGAUCCCGCCCGCCGGGAACUGGGGUACCGGGCGGGGCUGGGUGGGCCGGACAAGCCGCUCACCGCCAGCCCGCCCGCCGCGCGGCGCUCGCUUCUGCACCGCCUGCCGCCCACGGCGCCCGGCGUGGGGCCCCUGCUGCUGCAGCUCGGACCGGAGCCUCCUGUCCCGCACCCUGCGGUCGGCAAGACUUGGAGGUCCGGAGCCCCUGAGGAACCCGAGCGGCUGCCGCUCCACGUGCGCUUCUUGGAGAAUUGCCAGCCUCGCGCGCCCCCGGCGUCGGUCUCCAGAGGGCCUUCCGCAGAGGACGGGCCUGGGAUCCCGCCGCCCAGCCCGCGCCGCUCCGUACCCGCCUCGCCCACGUCCCCGCGGGGCGCCGAGGAGAACGGGCUCCCGCUACUCGUGCUGCCGCCGCCUGCCCCGUCGGUGGACGUGGACGACGGCGACUUCCUCUUCGUGGAGCCACUACCCCCGCCUCUCGAGUUUUCCAACAGUUUUGAGAAGCCCGAGUCGCCGCUCACGCCUGGACCCCCUCACCCGCUCCCGGACCCCCCUACUCCGGUCACCCCUUUGCCCCCUGUGCCAGCCCCAGCGGCAGCUGCCCCUGCCCCGCCCACCCUGGACUCCACCGCAUCCAGCCUGACGUCCUAUGAUAGUGAGGUGGCCACACUGACCCAGGGGGCUCCUGCAGCUCCCGGCGAUCCCCCGCCACCAGGCCCACCGGCCCCAGCAGCCCCAGCGCCCCCGGCCCCGCAGCCAGGCCCAGAUCCACCACCAGGCACGGACUCUGGAAUCGAGGAGGUGGACAGUCGCAGCAGCAGUGACCACCCCCUGGAGACCAUCAGUAGCGCGUCUACGCUAAGCAGUCUGUCGGCAGAGGGAGGCGGCAGCGCUGGGGGCGGGGGCGUGGCCAGCGGGCCGGAGCUACUGGACACCUACGUAGCAUACUUGGACGGCCAGGCCUUCGGGGGCAGCGGGGCGCCAGGCCCACCGUACCCCCCACAGCUCAUGACCCCCUCUAAGCUCCGAGGCCGGGCGCUGGGGGUGGGUGGAGGCUUACGACCCGGCCCCAGCGGGGGACUCCGAGACCCUGUCACCCCCACCAGCCCCACCGUCUCUGUGGCUGGGGCCGGCAACGAUGGGCUGCUGGCCCUGAGCGCCUGUUCAGGGUCCUCUGCAGCAGGCGUGGCUGGGGGCCCGGUAGCAGUAGAGCCAGAAGUCCCUCCGGUGCCAUUGCCCACCGCCUCUUCCUUGCCUCGGAAGCUGCUGCCCUGGGAGGAGGGCCCGGGCCCGCCGCCACCACCCCUUCCCGGGCCUCUGUCCCAGCCUCAGGCCUCUGCCUUGGCCACCGUCAAAGCCAGCAUCAUCAGUGAACUCAGCUCCAAGCUCCAGCAGUUCGGGGGCUCCUCAGCAGCUGGAGGGGCUCUGCCUUGGGCCCGGGGAGGCAGCGGAGGAAGCGGGGACAGCCACCACGGCGGAGCCAGCUAUGUCCCUGAGAGGACUGCCUCCCUGCAGCGGCAGAGGCUCUCCGAUGACUCCCAGUCCUCCUCGCUCCUCUCCAAACCCGUCAGCAGCCUGUUUCAGAACUGGCCCAAGUCACCCCUGCCACCACUCCCCACCGGAACGGGCGUGUCGCCUUCUGCCACCGCAGCCCCCGGGGCCAUCUCACCCUCGGCCUCCUCCUCCUCCACCUCCUCCCGCCACCUCCAGGGUGUGGAGUUCGAGAUGCGGCCCCCGCUGCUCCGCCGGGCCCCCAGCCCCUCGCUGCUGCCCGCUUCGGAGCACAAGGUCAGCCCCGCACCCAGGCCCUCCUCCCUGCCCAUCCUGCCUUCCGGACCCCUCUAUCCAGGCCUCUUCGACAUCCGAGGCUCCCCCACCGGAGGGGCAGGCGGCUCCGCGGACCCCUUUGCCCCGGUCUUUGUGCCACCGCACGCUACUGCGGGGAUGUCCGGGGGCCUCGGAGGAGCCUUGUCGGGGGCCUCACGCUCCCUGUCGCCCACCCGUCUGCUGUCUUUGCCCCCGGACAAGCCAUUUGGCGCUAAACCUCUGGGCUUCUGGACCAAGUUCGAUGUGGCCGACUGGCUCGAGUGGCUGGGCUUGGCUGAGCACCGAGCCCGGUUCCUGGACCACGAGAUCGACGGCUCCCACCUGCCGGCCUUGACCAAGGAGGACUAUGUCGACCUGGGAGUCACCAGGGUGGGCCACCGCAUGAACAUUGACCGGGCUCUCAAAUUUUUCCUGGAGAGGUGAUGGCUGGCCUGGACGGACCAGCCCGUCCACAGAACCCUCGAACCAGCUGGCCUCUCUCAUCUCUGAUCCCGGACCGUGUUCUCUCUCCGUUCUCUCCUGGGCAGGACUCUGCUGAAACUGCGCCCUGCCCUGUCUCCUGAGGCCUGAGGUCACCAGGUGGCCCUGUACAGGCUGGACAUUUGCACCUCACAAGAGGGGGGCCGCUGACACAGGAGACCGUGUGUGUGACAUUUUGGGGGAGCGGAGGGGAGUUGAAAGGAAUUACACGGGACUGAGGAGGAGGGAAGGGUUGAUCCUGGGGGGAGGGGACAGACAGAGCCAUAGAGGGUCAGCCCUGAGCCUGACUGGAUGGGGAUGACCCCCAGCCCGCAGGGGAGGGGUGCCCUCACAUUCCACCACCUGCCGCCCCUCUAGCAGCCUUCCCGCCUCUCCAGGCCCCUCAGCUCCCCCCUCCCCCCUCCAGCACACACAGCUGCCCCUCAGACCUGCACACUGGGCUCUGCUGCACGCCUGCUUGCCCUCCUCCCCUCAGCUGCAAUUUUGCACAAAUUUGCCCUCUCGCUGUCUUGCACAUUCCGCCUUCCCUCCUGGCUGUCCCAGUGUUUUCCUUGCAUCGCUUGUGUUUCUGUCCUCAUGUCCCCCAUUCCUCUCCAUCCUUUCUCCCUGGGGCCCUCCCUUGCACCGCCCCCCUCCACUCACGCUGGGCCAUGAUGCAGACACAUAUGGGACCCACUUUCCCCGCCCCUUCCACCCUGCGCACUUCCUCUCUGGGCCCCCGUCUUGCUGAACUCCUGGGCUCCUGUUGUCUUGUGCUCCCCCCUCCUCACUCACCUCCAUUCUCUGACGCUAAAGUGCUAACCCUGCUUACUCGUGACCCCUUAUUCGCCUCUGCUCACAGCGAACUCCCUCCCCCUGCACCGUCACUUUGGCCACACCCCUGCCCGGGUCCCCAGCAGAACUUCCGGUGCUCACCCUCGCACCUCUCCCGCACCUCUCCUGCCUGGCCGCUUGCGCAGGCACACUCAGCACCCUCCCCAGUGCUCGCCUGGCCCCCAGCCGGAGGCCUCGUCUCUCUGCUGCAUAGCCCAUGGCCUAAUGCUUAUCCCUGGGCUCCGGGCACCCUGGAGUCCGCCCUCCUUCCUUCACACGCUCGAGCGUCCCGCGUGCGCUGGGGAUGCGCUACCAUUUCUUUCCGCGAGGCCCUUGCUCUUCCCACCUCGCUCCCAGCUCACCAGGCUUCCGCCUCUCACCCCCCACGUCCUCCCGGGGCCGUAGCCCCCUCAUUUUGCACGAGAAUCUCCCUCCUCCCUUUUGGCCUUCCCUUCUCUCCAAGCCCCCCCCCCUUCUCUCUCCAGCAUGGCUACUCCCUCCCGCACGCUGCCCCCAUCCCUUAUUCCUGGGGCUUGGGAAUUUUACAGCCACCCCUCCCACUUGGAAGUCCCCUCCCCUGCUGUGGGUAAAGGGGCGAGGGCACUGCCCUUAAGUUCCCCCCAUGUUCAGCUGCCAAAGAAGGGCGCUCCCCUCCUUCCCCCAAGCCCAUCCCCCUCUGCUGCCCCUACCCCCACGGGGGGGGGGCGCUCCGUCCACGAGGGGGGGGACAGCCCUCCCCUCACCAUGUCAGGGAUCUGCGGGGAACCUUGUGGGAGGGUCGUGGGAGGGGGGAGGGUGGUAGGAGAGAAGCAGAGGUCGAGCACUGGGCCCCUACCCGCCCCCUCCCCCUGGUCGGAUGCCCCCAGUCCGCAGGGGGUCUGCGCGGCGCCUGUCUGUUAAGGGCUUGUUCAUUCUGGAUGGGUGCCGCGGGGUUGGGGAGGGUGUAGGGGGUGGGGAGGGGGGAGGAGAAGAGGGGGAGGGGGGAGGGACUGGAGGGGGGGCGGCGCGGGGUGGAGAGGAGAGACUAAGCAAAAAGAAUAACAAAAUACAAAGCAAAACAAACAAACAAACCCUAGAACACACACACAUACACACAAAUCCAGAAAAAAACCUGAAAUAAAAGCCCAAGAAUUGUCUUCCAAGGGGGGUGGGAGGGGGACAGGGAGGGUCGGGUGAGGACAUCUGGUUCCUACUGACACCGCCGGAAUCUGCACGCGUCCACAACCCGGCGCCCAGGUCUUCCCUUCUGAUUGCCUCAGCUCCUUCCUCAAGGGAUCGGGACCCUGGCGACCAUUUGCUGGGACUGGAGCAGGAUUAGGGAGGCGAAAUUGUAGUUAGGGGGUGCGUUCCUACCCCCCACCACCUCCCUCCCCCGGACUCCCCACCAAGAUUUUGCAGAGAGAAAUGGCUUUUGUACCAGGUCAUUCUUUAUAAUUAAACUCACAGUAUCCACCCCCUCGA